AUGACUUCUAUUCUCCGUUCUGUUUUACGAGCAAUCGCCUCACCAGCAGAUUCAGGAACCAAACUUGACACUCGUAACAUCCGCAGCAUCCGUCCCCUGAGUCACACGUUGACGCUCCAAACAGAACGCCAUCUUCGCAUCCAUCCGUUCCGCCCUGGCCCCCAAUCCCAUCUUAGUGUUUCUUCGAAACGUGAGGAGGGCCUUCCAGAAGGCUUCGGUACUGCUCGCCACAUGGAAUUCCUGUGGAUCGACCCCUGUUUCAUCCUGGUACACGUGUACUGCCAUGAGUACGCGUACAAAGUACAACGCAACAGAGAACGGACGAUUUCGUUCGGAGUUUACCGCGAUCACCGGCCCACACGCAUCUGUAUCGCCCGCCCUCAUGUUGAACGCUUUUGGAGCAUCAGGAUUCCGCCACAACCUAUUUCAGGAUUCGCAUCGCAAUCGCCCCGGAUGCCCUUGUCGACUUCUUUCUUUACGUCUUUCGUGGGAGUGUCUUCGUUCCCGCACAACUUUGAUGAGAUUGAGGUCCGAUGCGACGGUAUCAGCGAGACAGUGCUGCAUUUCCCCGGGAGGGAAGAGGAAGCUCCCCAACUCCUAAUGGGUUCCCUCCUCAUUUCAUCGAUCGUCCAACCCCAUCCGUCACUUCUCUCUGCUUCAACCCCUUGGCACUUCAUCACAUCGGCCUCAAACUGGCACCUUACUGUACACGUACAGGCGGAAGCCCACAAGACCCUGAGUGUUCCCGAUAACCUGCCUCCGUUCCAUCUUCCUCACCUCACAGCGGUCCUAAAGAGGAUCUUCUUCUCACCCCUGGCCCGGCCGAGUUUUCGGAUGCCUACCUCUGCUGAUAGCUAUUGGUUCAGUGGAAGUCUCCGUACUGCCCCCAACCCACGGUCUGGGAAGCACCCCCCUUUUCACCGGUUAAGGGCGCUGGAGCCCAUUGAGACAGUUUCGCUCCUCGUGUCGGCGCAAUCUUCUGUGUCUAGGCAAUUGCCCAACGACUUCUCUAAGGUUUUCUUCCACUUUUUGGUGUUCAUGGGGACGAGUAAGCACAUGGGGCCUAGCAAGGGAACGCAAACUUCUCUGCAAGGUUACGACUACGCACACGGCCGAAAUACCAGUGACGCCAGGGAAACCCCAGUCUGCGACCCAUACGCCAAUUCAGACGUAGGGGCAAGACCUGCGCAACAGCAGGUUUGCACCACACCCGGCGCUCCCAAACGGCCGGGCCACAGGGCCCAUGCUGUGCAGUGCAGGCCUACCUUCCCAGAUCCCCAAGGGGGACCUGGUUCGGCGCGAUCGAGCCGAGAGCAGCCCUACCUCGUUUCCGGGGCCGCCUCAUCGGGCCAAACCACGUCCAUUGGUUUCCUUUUCACAUACAUGCCCAAGUUGUUAUUCUCCUGGUAUAGCCACAUAUAUCAGAAGCGUUUCCCGUCGACCUCCCAGUAA